ACUUUUUCUUUUUUGGUGAUUGAAAAGCUUUGAACUUCCCACUCGCUUUUUCGGCUCCGUCUCUGCAGCUCUCGAAUUCUUGUAAUGGCGAUGAACUCUCGAGAGUUGAGACCCUAAUCACUCACCAUGUCUCCGACCUGUGUCGAAACCGAUGCAUCUGUCGGCUGUUGCAGAUGCUUUUCCGGCGAAAAUGGUGGUUUUCAGGGCGAGAGCCGCACUGUAUCGGACGAACAAAGUUGUCCUCAUUGCGGGAAAUCUGGCCCUCCUUCCUCAUCUUAUCAUUCUUUUCUUAGUUCUGAUUUGAGAUAUGAGAGGGACUGGGAGAAGUUACGAAGAUGUGUUGCCGCUGCCACCAAGGGUUUUACCAUUGGAGCAGGUUUAAAAGGUGGACUCGCGGCCUUUUCGAUCCUCGUCCGGUUGAGUGGAGGAAGAAAGCCUGGAGUGAUUCCGAACAGCGAGGCGAUUGUUAUAGCCCUCAAGGAGACUCUCAGAUACGGCCUCUUCCUCGGCACUUUUGCAGGCACAUUUGUUUCUGUUGAUGAGUGUAUAGCUUCUUUAGGAGGAUAUCGUAGGACGGCGGGGUGGAGAGCACUGUUAGCCGGACUUAUUGCUGGGCCUUCGAUGCUUUUGACUGGACCAAAUACGCAGCACACAGCCUUAGCCAUAUACAUUCUUAUGCGAGCUACUGUACUAGCAUCCAGAUGUGGGAUAAAAAGCAAACGAUUUGGACGCAUUUGUAAACCUUUGACGUGGGCACAUGGCGACAUUUUCCUAAUGUGCCUCUCUUCUUCCCAAAUCCUGUCGGCAUACAUAUUGAAGCAAGACAGUCUGCCUCCAUCGUACAGAUCUUUUCUUAAUAAGCAUGGCGGAAAGGAGUCAAUUAUCUUGCAAGGGGUCAAAGAACUAGCAAGCAGCAUCCCUUUCACCAACUUGGAUGGGAUUGAGAAGUGCUACAAGUCCAAGGGUGUCAACAUAAAGCUAGAUCCUCAAAUGAUAGUGCCAUGUUCGAUUAUUCAUGGAAAUCAAUCUUGUGCUGAACAUUUCAUUUCCUUUUUAGUUCAAGCCUAUGGAAGGGCAUUGCCGGUCUAUCUUCCAGUAUAUUUUGUUCCUGCUCUGAUAGUACAUCGUCUAGACCUCUUAAAAAGAGAGCUGAUGUGGUUAUUUUCAGUUUGUCAACUGCUAUCAUCAUGCACUGUUAUGCUCAGGAGAGGGAGGUUUUUCGGUCCAAGUACCUGAAUGUUCUUGAUUUUGUAUUUGGUGUUCCUCCUGUGACCUGUGAUACUCCCCGGAACAAGAACCAUUAAAGCUUGAUGGUAAUACGGGGUUUGGAGAUUCAAAAUGUGUUAUGUUACCGGAUGGAGGUUUUGAGAGUAUAUAGUAGGCAAACAGGGUACCUGCCACUGCAACAUAGAGUUCCAGGUCCCCUCCAGCUGCCAUUAUUAUGGGUAAGAUAUAUACCGUUACAAUAAUUAAAUGUUAUACCAACAGAUCUAUUUAUUUGGUUCCUGAAUGGCACCUGGAGUCCUUAGAGCUAUAAACCAAUUAUUUUUCUUUUUUGGUAAAAGUAUCAACCAAUUACUUAAUAGACAAUAAAUAUUCAUGCAUUCUCUAUUGUGAUUUA